UUAAGUCUAAAAAAAAUGCAUGCUUAGGGCCUAAAGACAAAACAAAAGUAUGCUUAAAGGAAGGUUGUCAUGGUAACAUCAUCCCAACCAAAUCCCCAUUCAUCCUCGUCACUCAAAAUGACACCCACGUCACAUGCCUAUCAUGCUGGUUUCAAUAACCAUAAUGACACUCAAAUAUUUUUUUAGCAAACUCCAUGCCAUAAUGUCAACUUGUAAAACAAUACAAAUUUGAUGAUAAUCAAUUUAAUUAAUUAGCGUAGUGAUACUGUGGAAGUUGAUUGACAGGUGAAAUAAAUCGACAGGUUACACAUGAAUGAAAUUCGAUAAUAGUUCCCACAGUAUUCCAUAUAAAAGGGGGUUUGUGAUUGCUUCAAGAAAUGUCACAACUUUCUCUAAAUCAAGAAUUAACAUCCGUUAUCACAGUGAUACUUGUAAAGAAGUAUUCGUUUAUCAAGAUGAACUUCUCGGUGUCGAUGUUGGUGUUUGUAGGUCUUGCAGCGACCGUGUCAGCAGGGUGCUCUGGCGGCCCGUCGUGCCCCGAUGACUAUGCCUCAUGGGAAGGUUCAUGCUACAAACUUUACGUUGAAGCUCUGACUUGGCAAGCAGCCGAAAACCGAUGUCUUGAGGAUGGUGCCCACUUGACCUCCAUCCAUUCUGCCUCCGAAGAUGCCUUCAUAAACGACCUAUCCCAAAGCAUAUCAGACCCAGACGUCAGCAAGCAUACCUGGAUUGGCAUGAACGACCUGGGUAGCGAAGGCGUCUACGAAUGGACGGAUGGUUCAGCCGCAGAUUACUUCAACUGGCACUCUGGAGAACCCAACAACCACAAGACCGGUGAGAACUGCUUGGAAAUCAACUUCUUCGACGUUGACGGCACUUGGAAUGAUCACUUCUGUGACCAGACACAUCGUUUCAUCUGCAAAAUAGCUCCAAGCUUCCCCCAGUUCAGACAGCAAUAGAAUCGUCAGUCUUCAGUUGAGUCCAGAUCAUCUACUCAAUGUUUAGCCAGGAUUGGGCGCAUCUCACAGCCUUCUCGUUUGCUGGCACCGAGGCCCAAAAAUCGGCUUACCAAGAAAUUUCU